GCAUUCACGCUGGUGGAACUGCUGGUGGUGAUCGCCAUCAUCGGCAUCCUCGUCGCCCUGCUGCUCCCAGCCGUGCAAGCCGCGCGCGAGGCGGCCCGGCGAGCCCAGUGCACCAACCAGCUCAAGCAAGUGGCCUUGGCGUGGCAACUGCACCACGACACCCAUGGAUUUCUGCCCUCGGCAGGGUGGGGUUAUCUGUGGACCGGCGACCCCGAUAAAGGGUUCGGCGCCUCGCAACCGGGGAGUUGGGCGUACAGCAGCCUCCCUUUCAUGGAAGAGUCCGCACUGCACGACAUCGGCGCGGGGCUGACGGGCGCAGCGAAGAUGGAGGCGCUUGGAACAACCCUGCAAACGCCGGUUGCUACCUUCUAUUGCCCUAGUCGUCGCGCCCCAGCCGCGUACGCCAAUCCUGACUCAGUGUAUGGACCCGGGGCGAACCACAAUACGGCGGACAGCAUCGCCCGGAUGGAUUACGCCGCGAAUCUGGGGCCAGAGAUUCCAGUCAGCGGCUUCGGCCAGACGCCUCCGACAUUCGGUCGUUACACCCAAUGGAAAUCAGGGCCGCAGAACGAAGCCGCUGCGGAAGCCGGCGACGGCUUCUAUACAUUCAAUCCCCUCAAGUACUGCCACGGCAUCUCGUUCCAACGGAGUGAGAUCAACUUCCGUCAGAUCACCGAUGGCACGUCGAAGACGUACAUGGUGGGCGAGAAGAACGUCAACCCGGACUACUACUUGGGCGGCGCCGGCACGGACUUCGGUUUAAAGGACAUUGGCGACGAUCAAGCCGCAUGGGUCAGCGACGACCUCGAUGGUAACCGCAACACCGAACUCCUUCCCCUACCCGAUCAACCCGGAGUGCCGGCGCAGCUGGUCUUCGGCAGCGCCCACCCCGGCGUCUUUCAGAUGUCGUUCUGUGAUGGGUCGGUUGUGAGCAUGUCCUACUCGAUUACCCUUCCAACGACAAAGCACGAAGCUAAGACCUAUCCCAUGCGAUUCUACGAUAAUCUGCCGUGCGGCUUGAUCCUGGCUCUGGCGGCCUUGCACCUCGGCUGCUCUUCUGGCCCGGGCCGUAUCGCGCCGCCUAGCGUCAACGCCGGAGAGGCCGCCGCCUCCGCUGUCGAAGAGUUUGACGCCAAUGGUGACGGCUUACUUCAGCGAGAGGAAGUCCGCGCGUCCCCCGCGCUGGUUCAUGCCCUGGGAGUGUAUGACGCCGACCACAACGGUGAACUGACGGUGGAGGAAGUCCAGGCCGGCAUCAAUCACUGGGCCGCCAGCCGUACCGGAGCGAUGAUGCUUCCCUUUCGGGUGUCACUCGACGGGCGUCCCGUAGCCGACGCCGAGGUGAAGCUCAUACCGGUGAGUUUCUUGGAAGGAUCGAUCCUGCCGAACGUCGGCAAGGCCGACCAAAACGGCGCCGGCAUGUUGGGGCUCGCCCCCGAAGACCGGCCGAGCAACGCCCCCUCUACUCCAUUGGCGACGCCGGGUCUGUAUCGAGUGGAGAUCACCGAUCCGAGCGGCAACGUCCCCUCGCAGUACAACACCGAAUCGACGCUGGGGAUUGAGACUUUCGUCGCUGGGCGGGUCACACGAAUCGAGCAACUCGAACAGCGUACCGUCCUCUCCGGGGUUGGACUCGUCGGGCAGUACUUCCACAACGAGGACUUUACCGGACUCGCCUACGAGCAGACCGAAGCGAUCGACUUCGAUUGGGGCAAUGGCUCGCCAGCGCCGGGAGUCGCUUCCAGCACGUUUAGCGUGCGCUGGACGGGGCAGGUCGAGGCGCUGCAUUCCGAGCAGUACACGUUCUACACGACCAGCAAUCAGGGCGUGCGGCUGUGGGUCGAUGGACAGCUGCUGAUCGACAACUGGGAGCCGCACAACGCCGAGGUCGAUUCGGCGACGAUCACGCUCUCGGCGGGGGAGAAGUACGACAUCCGUCUCGAUUACUACGAACAGUUCGGCGCCGCCGAGAUCCAGCUCGA